GGUGGAUAUACCCAGACAUUCUCGUACUCUAUCAAAGUUAGACAUAUUAAGGGAGAAGGCAAUAAUGGGAGAAGAAGAAACGAAGAGAUCAGCUGAUGAACAACGCCACCACCACUCUUCUGCUGAAGGAAAAGCACUUGUCCCACUUCCACAACACCAUCUUCAAGUUGGGAAAAAACCCAAUGAUAGGGAUGGUGGGCUUGCAGAGGUUGAAAGGGAGAAGAGAUUGGCUCUUAUCAAAGCAUGGGAAGACAAUGAGAAAACUAAGGCUGAUAACAAAGCAUACAAAAGGUUGUCUGGUGUGGAUGCUUGGGAGAAUGCCAAAAGGGCAUCCUUAGAAGCUCAGCUGAAGCAGAUUGAGGAGAAAAUUGAAAAGAAGAAGGCCGAAUACGCAGCGAAGAUGAAGAACAAGACGGCGAUGAUUCAUAGGGCUGGUGAAGAAAAGAGGGCAAUGGUGGAGGCCGACCGAGGGAAAGACCUGCUCAUGGUGGAGGAAGCUGCUGCUAAGUAUCGAGCAACGGGCAACGUUCCGAAGAAAUUGUUUGCAUGCUUUAGCUGCUGAUUGUUCUUGUGAAUGUGAUGAAUUAUUAUCAAGGGGAUGUAUGCUUCUUGUUUGCAGAUAAUGUAACUAAGUUUGCAGAUACAUAUAGUUUAGUUUCUAUC